GUUUGAAGCUAAGCCAGUAGAAACGACUCGAGACUACGAAAUUUACGAUCAACUUAACUUUGAAUCAGACAGAUUUGACGACUCGGAUUUUGAUGACGACAAUUAUUGUAAAUAUUCAUUUCCAGCUGAAGAUACGAAUACUGCAGGAGGUAAGGAAUUUUUAUUUAAGGAGGAAAUUGUUUUUCAUGUUCAGAGCUAUACUUACGCUGGUUCCAGAGGCUGCGAGGCGAAAGAAACGAGAGCCUCUGGUUACAUCGGUUGCAAAUCCCACUUCCCUCUGGGCCAGGGUACUUCCACACUUGAUUAGGAUCAGAAUUUGAAUCUCGCAUGUGAUUGGCCAUUUGUAAAAAUAUGUCAAACCGGUUUGGGAAAUAAACAUUACUUUAAGCUAAUUUAGCUUUAAAGUAUUGUAGCUAUAAUUAGCUUACAGUAAUGUUUAUUUCCCAAACCGGUUUUGCCGCCAUUGGGGGAGGGGGGGAUGCAGGUCAAAUUUGAUUAGACGAACAAUGUAAAAAUCGUCGACAAAAUCCUUCAUUUUCCCGAAAAGAUGUUUUCAGGGGGUGUCACACCCCAACACUACCCUAGCGACGGCCCUGGCUUUGACUGAUCGGAAACGCAGUAUGCAAGCUCAAUGCAUGCUAAUAUCAUGUGUUUUAUAGUCAUCUCAGUUUUGAUUCACGGCAUGCAGAAAUAAGUGAAAUUUGCGCCCGCAAACACAACAUUUUGUCCGAACUCCUAUUUCAUUGCAAUGGCUAUGGCAAAGUGAAAUGGUUUUUUAAAGGCAAAUAAUACACUAUAGAAGACAAUGUGGUGGAUGCGGGACAAUAUAACGCGUGCUCAGACCAUCCAAACAUGGAAAUUUAAAGUGAAAGUUUUUUAAAGUGAAAUUUUAACACGGAAAGUUGUUAUUUUAUAAAACAAUUACCCUAUGGUUUGCGUGUUUGGAUGGCCUGACCCAAACACUUAGUUGGGAAUGUUGCUCGAGUUAAGAAAAGCGCGCAAAAUCACUCGCCUUUGGUUCGUGUUUCGCGCGCUUUCCCAAAAUUUCCAAGUGUUUGGAUAAGGCCAUCCAAACACGGAAAUCAUAAAGUAAUUGUAUAAUACUACACAUUAUGUCUUUAGUUUACGAUUUUUGAGGAACAACCUUUUUUGAAUUGGCUAGCUAAUUCAAAAAGGUGAUCCUUCAAAUAUUUGCCAAUCCCAACCCCUUAAAACCACCAGCUGUAUGGGCAAUCUGUGUAUUUAAUAAUCUUCUAAUAUUUUAGGCAAAGUUGAGACGUCGGGCAAACCCGAAGUUCCCGUUGGAACAUAUUAA